UGGGCACGCGAUAAAAGCUUGUGAAGAUCCACCCACACUUGCAACUGCAGCUUCCAAGUGUCAGAUUCAGUCAGAAUAACUAGCCACGUAUGGGUCCGGCAUCGGACUACGAGUCGUACUGCCUGUGAUACGCGUAGGUUGCAACGUCUCACGCCUCUAUGUAGUUGCAUCCCUAGACUCGCCAUGUCAAACUAAUGUUGCACCCCAGCUCCUCUCCAUCAUGUCUCCUACCUCCACUUCUGACCCAGUUCUUAUUGUCGGUGCUGGCCCUUCUGGUCUUGUCGCAGCUUUGACGCUCCUCCGCAACAACAUUCCAGUCCGUAUCAUCGAUAAAGAACCUUUCCACAAAUCCGGGCAAAGAGGCCCUGGCAUCCAUGCUCGCACUCUCGAACUUUUCCACAUCCUUGAUGUUCCAGAAGUCGCAAAAGUUGGCACCCCCGUUCCACCGAUGCGCACUUACAAGCCAAAUAGUCUCGAGCCUCUCAAGACCUUUUUCAUGUCACCCUACAGAGAACCGACUCCAGCCAUCCCCUACUACAACGCCCUGCUAGUUGGCCAAAACACGCUUGAAGGAAUUCUCCGUUCUCACCUCGAAAAGUUCUCAUGCAAUGUCGAGCUUGGAACCGAGCUUCGUUCGCUCGAGCAGCAUCCUGAUUAUAUUGUCGUGCGUCUCGCCAAGAAACAAGGCGACGAAGAAAUUGAAGAGACGUUCGAAACAAAGUGGUUAAUCGGCACUGAUGGAGCGAAAGGUGUUACACGCAAACAACUGGCUCUAACUUUCUCAGGUGAAACACGAGAAGAAGCGCGCAUAUUGACGGGUGACAUACGUCUCACAGGCAAGGGAAUUGACAGAAAGCACUGGCACAUAUUUGGAGAUUCACAGUCAGGCACUGUUGUCCUUCGUCCUACAAACGAGCUAGGCGAAGACGGAUUCCAAUUCGUAGCUGCUGGUCGUGAUGUUGACGUCCCAAAGCUGGCAGGAAGUAAAGAGGAGCUCUUCAAAUUCAUUUCGUCCACCAUCGAUACCGAGAUAGAGUUCAAUGAACUUAUAUGGAGCUCCGAGUUUCGACCAAAUAUCAGAGUAGCCAACAAAUUCUCCGAAGGUAGAGUCUUCAUUGCUGGAGAUGCCGCGCACGUGCAUAGUCCCACAGGUGGCCAAGGACUUAACUCCAGCGUUCAAGAUUCUUUCAACCUCUGUUGGAAACUAGCUCUUGUCUACAAAGGCCUCGCCCCCGCCUCCCUUCUUGAAUCAUACACCACUGAGCGUCUCCCCGUCAUCGCUGAAAUGCUCAACAUCACCACAGAGAUCCUCGAUAAGACUAUGAACCUCACGCGCUUCACCGCAGAUUCUGCGUUCGUCCGCACGCAGCGCAUGAACAUGCUCGGCGUGAACUAUCGCACGAGUCCGAUUGUGCUCAACGAGGUGACGACGGAUGCGGAGCCGGUGGCUGCGUAUGGGCUCGUACAAGAUGGGGUGCUACUGGCGGGUGAUAGGGCGCGAGAUGCGCCUGCAUUGGUAGACGUCAAGUCUGUUAGCCAAGAGGUUACAACGAGGCUGUUUGAUGUUUUCCGGACCUCGUACCACACUGUCCUCAUCUUCGCACAAGACGCUGCCAAGAUCCUUACGAUAGUCAGCACGUUAAAGCAGUAUGAGGCAGUUGUGCGGUCUGCCGUGGUUCUCCCUGCGACAACUUCAGUAGAGUCAGCUUUGAGCAUGGGAGUUGACUCUGCAGACAUGGUUCUACUCGAUCGAGAAGGUCACGCCUACAAUGGCUACCUUAUCAAAGCAGACGAGACAAGGGUUGUUAUCGUGAGGCCAGAUGGUGUUGUGGGUGGUGUCGUUUUCGGAGAAGAGGGCGCAGUGAAGUAUUUCAAGGGAAUACUUGGGUCUCAGGCGUAAUGCUGAGACUGAGACAAGGGUCAGAUAUCUGAAGGACUCGUGACGACCUUUACACUAUUACUAUAGUUCAUAUUAUAUUCGGUAAGACAUUCGGUAAGUACAAUGGUAAGUAAGAAGUUAGAACAAGAAAUACAAUACAAUGUACAAGAUCACGCAUACAUCUCUUCCCAUUAGUUUGCUGGACUUCAGGAGAUCAUCCAAUAAACCCCAAUAUUCCGGAAAA